GGCGACGCAAAGGGGGCGUGGUCACGUCAGGAGGGGGCGUGGCCUCAGUCAGCGGCGCCCGCCCGCAGCAGCGGCUCCGAGCGCUCGGAAAAACUCCGAAAAAAAUCCCAAAAAAACCCCAAAAAAACCCCGAAACUCCCCCAAAAAAAUCCCCGCGGGAUCCCCCCCGGUCCCGCCAUGGUGUCGCUGCUGUGCUGCGGGCCCAAGAUGGCGGCGUGCGGGCUCGUCCUCAGCGCCUGGGGCGUCGUGAUGUUGGUGCUGCUGGGCAUUUUUUUCAACGUGCACUCGGCCGUGCUGAUCGAGGACGUGCCCUUCACCGAGGAGGAUUUCACUGACGGCCCCGAGCGCAUUUACGCGCUCUACGAGCAGGUCAGCUACAAUUGCUUCAUCGCCGCGGGGCUCUACGCGCUGCUGGGCGGCUUCUCCCUGUGCCAGACCCGCCUCAACAAGCGCAAGGAGUACAUGGUGCGCUGAGACCCCAAAAUCUUCCUUUUUCACCCCCAAAAAAAUCCCGUUUUUCCUCCCCCCUUAAAAAAAAAAAAAAAAACCGCAUCCACCCCUUCUCGGAGGACCAAUUUUCUCCCGCCUGGAGCGACGCAGAGAAGUUUGGAAGGGUUGAGAUAAUAAAGAGAGUUGUUGUCUA